CGGUAUCCCAUGAUUCCUUGGUGUGACCUCUCGAAGCACACGAAGAAGAAGAAGCAGCGGGGCUCGCUCACGCUGCUGUCUGGCUAACCCUCGCUCGCUUGUGGAUCAUGGCUGCUUCAAAGCCAGUUGAGCCGCAGUCCGGGACUGGACUACCCCGCUGGCAGCUGGCUCUGUUAGUCGGGACUCCCAUAGUGCUGGGAGUGGGAGCGGUUUACCUCUGGAACCGCAGCAGGACGAAGGAGAGGAAAGGGACCGAGGAGAGGAAAACACCUGAAGGCAGCGCGAGCCCCGUGCAGGGCCAAGACGGCGCAGCACGAGCCAACCGGGAUCAGGAGAACAUGAGCCCGUUGGAUCGAGCCCAAGGAGCCAAAAACAAGGGCAACAAGUACUUCAAGGCUGGAAAGUACGAGAACGCCAUUCAGUGCUACACAGAGGCCAUCGCUCUCUGCCCCACGGAGCAAAAGACUGAUUUAUCAACGUUUUACCAGAACAGAGCAGCAGCCUACGAACAGCUGAUGAAAUGGACAGAGGUGGUGCAGGACUGCUCUAAGGCUGUGGAGCUAAACCCACGAUACGUCAAAGCUCUGUUCAGGAGGGCUAAAGCUCUGGAAAGACUGGACAACAGGAAGGAGUGUUUAGAGGACGUCACAGCAGUGUGUAUUCUUGAGGCCUUCCAGAACCAACAGAGCAUGCUGCUAGCAGACAAGGUGCUGAAACAGCUGGGGAAAGAGAAGGCCAAAGAUAAGUACAAGAACCGUGAGCCGAUGAUGCCUUCUCCUCAGUUCAUCAAAUCUUACUUCAGUUCUUUCACGGAUGACAUCAUCUCGCAGCCGCUGCAGAAAGGGGAGAAGAAAGACGAAGACAAGGACAAAGAGGGGGAGGCAGCGGAGGUGACUGAGAGCUCUGGCUACCUGAAGGCAAAGCAGUACAUGGAAGAAGAAAACUACGACAAAAUCAUCAGUGAAUGCACCAAGGAGGUCGAGUCCGGAGGUCGGUACACAGCCGAGGCUCUGCUGCUGCGAGCCACCUUCUACCUGCUGAUCGGGAACGCCACCGCAGCUCAGCCGGACCUGGACCGGGUCAUCAACAUGCAGGACGCCAAUGUGAAGCUACGAGCCAACGCUCUGAUCAAGCGCGGCAGCAUGUACAUGCAGCAGCAGCAGCCCAUGCUCUCCACACAAGACUUCAACAUGGCGGCCGAGAUCGACUCAAGCAACCCAGACGUCUACCACCACAGGGGUCAGCUGAAAAUCCUGCUGGACCAGGUGGACGAGGCGGUGGGAGACUUUGACGAGUGCAUCCUGCUCAGACCCGACUCUGCUCUCGCUCAGGCACAGAAGUGUUUUGCUCUUUACAGACAAGCGUAUACUGGAAACAACCCGUCACAAGUACAGAAGGCCAUGGACGGCUUCGAGGACGUCAUUAAGAGGUUCCCUAAGUGUGCAGAGGGCUACGCUCUGUACGCUCAGGCUUUGACCGAUCAGCAGCAGUUUGGAAAAGCAGACGAGAUGUAUGACAAAUGUAUUGAACUGGAACAAGACAACGCUACCACAUACGUCCACAAGGGCUUGUUACAGCUUCAGUGGAAACAGGACCUUGACUUGGGUCUUGAGCUCAUCAGUAAGGCCAUCGAAAUUGACAACAAAUGUGACUUUGCCUACGAGACUAUGGGAACCAUCGAGGUUCAAAGGGGCAACCUGGACAAGGCGAUAGACAUGUUCAACAAGGCCAUCAACCUCGCCAAGUCAGAGAUGGAGAUGGCCCAUUUGUACUCGUUAUGUGACGCAGCGUACGCCCAGACUGAAGUGGCGAGAAAGUACGGCCUGAAGCCUCCGACACUGUAACUCCUCCGCCAACUGAUCGCCAAUCUCUUCACUGCUCAACCUAACUGUGUUAAAAGUGCAACUGUCUAUAUGAUUUGUAUAAAAAAAAAGAGUAUUGGGUUAUAAGAGGAGUGAUGAAGAGCCUGAUUAUAUGUAUACAGUGUUUACAUCACAUUAAAGGGGUUUGUCAUCAGAGAGAGGAGGAUUUCUACUAAAAGUGCGAGGCUGUGACGCAGGUUUGAGGUUGAUGUGGUUUGUCAGGUUGGCAACUUCAGCCAGAACAUCAUGAGCAGGAAGAAGAGAAAGUCGUGACACCUAGAGAGAGAGAAGUACAUGAGUGAUCAUGUAUAGCUGUCUGAAUGAAAAGAGAUAGGUAAGAGAGUUGAAAAGGGUGCAGUUUGUUGAACCAAUUACUGACUUUAAGGCUUUUGUGACUCUUUUAAAUUUACAGAAAAUACUGUGAGAGCUUUAUAUAGUUCUAAUGGACUGUUCACCUGUUAAUUUAUGCUGAUUUAAAGUGGUUUCGUCCAGCUCCUCCCACAUGGUAACAAACUUUAUCAGUUCCAAAUGCAAGAUUAAAACUAUAGUCUAAUGUGUAAUGUAUGUGUUUGUAAUGCUGGAACUGAUCCCAUGAGCGCGAGCGCGAGGUUAGCUUAGCAUCCUGAAGUGUUUUUUUUUUUUUUAUUAUGGGACUGCUUGUUUUCUUUUUUUACAAACUGUGCAGCAUGUUGACUUUAUAAAUAAAUGUAAAUGCAUUGCUCGUGCUGUCUUGAACACUAGAAAAACUUAAAGAGACUUUGGGGGGAGAGACUUUGGAUUAGAAACCUAACGUCUUUAGUUUUUUGAAAUUGUUUGGAAUUGCCUCUAGAAGUUGUCACAAGGGAUUGGAUAUCAAGUGUUUUUUUUCCUAGCCAACUUAAAUUAAGGAACAUGAUUUAUUUUCUAUUACAUUGUAAAAUGUUUAUUUUUCAUGCCGCAUUUGAUUUCAUAUUUUGACAGAGUAUCCUGAAGACAGUUGUUUUACACUCUCCCCUUUUCAAAUUAUCUCACAACUCGAGCCUUAUUUUUUAACCCCCCCUCGCUGCUCCAAACAGCUCCAGGUUAAGUUUGUGAUUUGGUUCCCAUGUAGCACCCAUCCUGUCUUUAAAAAAAAGCCACCACUGCUAAAUGUUUGUGCUUAUGGAGUACUAAAUUCAGAAACUUCUCGUGACUGUUCAUGUAGCAGCAGUGAUGGCUGAAUUUUAUUAAUGUGUGGAAACGACAAGGAACCAAAUUAUGCAUUUAAUCUGCAGCUGAUUAGGACGACUUCUUUACAAUCAAACAAGCAUUUACCUUCACAAACUGAUGUAACAGCUGCAGACGUUCUGCAAAUCUCCACCAAGGUUCGGCUGUUACAUUAAAGUAUACUCAACAUUCUUCAUCAGUGAUAUAUACGGUGACCAAAGUGACAGAAAAUAUGAAUCCUAAUAAAGUUCCUGGAAUGAAUUUCACUUUUA